GAACUUAGUACAUUUUAAUGGAUGAUGAUGCUAUUUUCACCCAUGAUCACAUAUUUAGAGCCAGAAGGGAUCUUAGAAGUCAUCUAGUCCAACCCCCUCAUUUUAUAGAUGAGGAAACUGAGGCCCAGAGAAGUGAAGUUAUUUUACUACCUGUUGACCUUGGGCAAAUGACAGAACCAGGAUUUGCAUGCAGGCUGUCUAACUCCAAAUCCAGCACUCUUUCCACUGUGCCACGUCUGAUUCUUUGGAAAGAGUCUCUAUAGGAACUGAAAUCAACAUUCACCAUUCAUCAAAAUGCAGUGGAAUGUAAUACGGACUAUGUCUCAACUGGCAAAUAGGACAUGUUUGGUUUCACAUGGGGCUGGUUAUAUUGGUCACUCUCAAAGCAUAAAAGGCUGUCCAGUUCUAUAUAAAGCUUGGCCCAAGAUUGUUUUGGUGCAGGGUCCUCGAAGCCAUUGGCUGCAUGUAUCUUCUGUACAACAUAUCUCAGAGGAAAGGAAGCCAGGAGAUGUUUCUCAUCACAAACAACAAAAAGAAGAAACUUCUUCAGAGAAGGUCGUAUCAUCUAGUGGCACAGCCCAAGGAAGAAGUGCUGAGAAAAAGGAAACUCUUGAUCCUUUACAAGACAAAUCUAUUAGUCUUUAUCAGCGAUUUAAGAAAACAUUUAGACAGUAUGGAAAAGUUAUGAUUCCAGUACACUUAGUGACUUCCGGUAUUUGGUUUGGAACAUUUUAUUAUGCAGCCUCGAAAGGAGUCAAUGUUGUUCCUUUUCUGGAACUUAUUGGGUUACCACACAGUAUAGUGGACAUUUUGAAAAAUUCCCAAAGUGGAAAUGCACUAACUGCAUAUGCGUUGUUUAAGAUUGCAACACCUGCCAGAUACACUGUGACUUUGGGAGGAACAUCCAUUACUGUCAAGUAUCUUCGUAGCCAUGGCUACAUGUCAACGCCACCUCCAGUUAAAGAGUACUUACAGGACAGAAUGGAGGAAACAAAGGAGCUUAUUACAGAGAAAAUGGGAGAAACAAAAGAUAGACUCACAGAAAAACUGCAAGAAACCAAAGGAAAAGUUUCCUUUAAGAAAAAAGUGGAAUAGGAAAUGUUAUGUGCCAGGCCUCAUAAAAGUCAUGCACUUUCCUUGGGAGACUGUGGACAAAGACAUGUUCUCCUAAUUAUACCUUUGGUUGGCAGUCUUGAAAUACUAGUGCUCAAAGGGUUAAAGAACCCAUAAAACCUUUUUUAAAGUUAAAUAUCACUAGAAAAAUCAGUGUUGCGUGCAAAAAAAAAAAAAAAAAAUGAACCCUGUAUAUGAAUUUUAUAGCAGCAGCAGCAUAAGUAAUUGUUAUUGUUUUAUGUCAUGAUGAUUUUUCAAGUAUCUUUCUUGCUGAUUUUAUUCCCUACUGCAGUGAUGACAGACUAAGCAAUUCACUACUUGUAUAAGAAAUUUGUCUGAUAGAAAGGAUGGCUCUAUUAGGAUCAUGAUCUUCAUGUUAUCCAUUAGUUAGACUUUUAACUAUAAUCAGUUUUCAACAUAGAGAGCUCUUAGCACCAUUGUUGCAAGUCAAUAAGGGUCUUUUUAAAAAUUGUCUCUCAGAAUCUCAGAAAUGUUUAACUAUUAAAAAAAAAAAGCAAGAUGAGGCCAUUCUAAUAACUAUCUACCAAUUAAAACUUUAAUUUUAUAUGAAGUUGAAUUAAAAUUGAGACUGUAUCUGUGAUAAAAGUGAGAUGUACUGAUUAUACAUAAAUGACUAAACAAAUU